GCGUCAAUCAGCAUUACAGGAGGUCAGAAAAAAUAAAUACAGAAGCGAGAGGGUGGGGGAUCUCAUAUAUGUGGAGGAAGAAAUGGCAUCAUCUGUGGUGAAAAACGUUGUCAACUCCAUUAGAGAAAUGGGUCUUGUUAAUUUUGCUAAGGAGCUUCGUCAACAAGGCUUUCUGAAUUGUCUUACGGAUGGAAAUCUUUUGCAAACCAAGAUUCACAGCAUAGGUGCCACACUGGUGGGUGUCGACAAGUUUGGAAAUAAAUACUAUCAGAAACUUGAGAAUACACAAUAUGGAAGACACAGAUGGGUGGAAUAUGCUUCCAAGGACCGUUACAAUGCUUCUCAGGUCCCACCCGAAUGGCAUGGCUGGCUGCAUUUCAUUACUGAUCACACAGGAGAUGAGCUUCUAAUGCUUAAACCCAAGAGGUAUGGAUUGGAUCACAAGGAGAACUUCUCAGGAGAAGGUGACGAAUACAUCUACCAUUCCAAGGGACACACACUGCACCCUGGCCAGAGAGAUUGGACCAGGUAUCAGUCUUGGCAACCCACCAAGACCCAAUAAGUUCUUUGUUUGAACCAACAUUUCGGUGGGUUAUAAAAAUUGGUGUGCAAUGCCCCCAUAUAUUUACCCAUCAAUAAGCUUGUUUGACUGGCUAAACAAUGUAAGACCGGUAAAUUUAAGGUCAUGUUAUUUCUUUGUUUCAUGUUUAAAUAAGGUCAUGGUCGCAGGUCACCUUCCUCCAAAAUUUGUAUUUGUAACUUGUUCCUUUCUUGUUGUAAUGUUGAAAUGAUUCGAUAUAUAAAAUAUAGUGCUUGCUCUGCCUUUUUGCA